UACACAUACGAGAGGUUCCCUAUCUUCGUUGCUGAGUCAAACUACUGAUGUCACAGCUGUUUUGGAAAUAGUCUCGGGAGGUGGCCAUUACCAUGAUUUUUAAUUUUUUACAAAUCUGAAAGUUUUCAGUCAAAAUCCUUCUCAAUCCACCUCUCCCCCUCUCACUGUCUUUCUUCCUUCCUUUCUUUCUUUCUCUCUUUCUUUUUUUCAUGCCAAAAAAAUAUAAUAAGCAACAAAUUUCAACAAAAGUAAAACAUCUCAUACAAAAAAAAACAAAAAAAAAACCAAUUCUUUCAAAAACAUUUAUUGUUGUUGUUGCUGUUAUCUGACCACCAAACUGACAAACCUCCAAUGACCAAACACAAUCUAACUGUGACCACCCUGUCUUGUUAUACACAGUUCACUCACACACAAUCACAUAAUCCAACGAGUCAUCAAUGCGUAAACUGAGGGAGAGUCAGCUGCUAUUUUCAAGAGUCGACUGACAUCACAGAGUCCCCUAAUUCUACACUGGAACUGCUUCUAUUCUUAAUAUACCCUUACACCUAUCAGUAUAUCUACAAUUCCGGAUAUGUCUAAGACAAUCAUUAAGGUCCCGCUGUGGUAUUUUUACUAUAUAUUUUGUAUCUUCCUUGGAUCACAAUUUGAAGGACUGGAAGCCAUCACAAAACUUCAAAAAGCUCGCUUAGCACUAAAAAAACACAUCUUCACUAACUACCAAUAUUUUCUCCGGCCUCACUGUGGCAAUUCCCCGGUCAACAUAACCCUAAAUUUGGCACUGAGACAGAUCAUUGAUUUGAAUGAUAGCCUACAAAUCCUUCAUACAAGCAUCUGGAUAAGAAUGCAAUGGAAUGAUUGUAGACUGAGCUGGAAUAAGACCGAUUUUGAAGACAUCGACCAAAUACUUGUGUCUAACAAAGAGGUUUGGAUUCCUGAUAUUGCGCUCUACGAGAAUGUGGAUUAUGUUCUGAAAGGGAUCCUGGAAUAUUACAAUGUCAGAAUAUUUUCCAAUGGGGCUAUGUAUUACCGUUUCCCAUCAGUUGUCAAAAGCUCCUGUAUGCUACAGACCAAGAAUUUCCCUUUCGACAAACAGUUCUGCAAUAUGACCUUUUCAUCGUGGGCAUACUUCCUUAAUGAACUGGACCUUUAUCCAUCAUCAGUAACUGGAGACACGUCGAAUUACGUACAGAACUCAGAGUGGGCUCUCAUCAGUCUUAAAGCAAUCAGAAACGAGGUGAAGCACUCCAGUGGUGUGAGCAGUGAGCUAAUAUAUGUUAUUUCGCUCGAACGGAAACCGUUUUUCCACAUCCUCAGCUUCAUAUUUCCCUGUCUUUUAAUCAGUAGUAUAUCUCUCCUGGGUUUCCUAUUACCACCGAGUUCCGGAGAGAAAGUCUCCAUUGGUGUAACAGUUCUCCUCUCAUUGUCAGUGUUCUUAUUAGUCGUCAACCAAACACUUCCAGCCAAUUCAGACGAGAUUCCUUAUAUAGGUAUCUAUUUCGCUAGUUGUAUGAUGUUGGUCUCCCUGUCGUGUGUGAUGGCUGUAAUAACGGUCAAUAUUCAUUAUAAAAGUAGCAUGGGAACGACUUUCCCUGCUUGGAUGGAGAAAUUACAACAAAGCUGGCUUGGAAACAUAAUUGGUCCGAAAGCAGUUAUGAAGAAUACACCUGAAACUUUGGCCGAAAUUACAAGGACCCAUUCAUCAAGAGUGAACCAGUUUAAUCCCAAGAAAGAAAGUUCCUGUCACAGACGUAAAGGAAUCGAAGGUUUAGCUUACCACAAUAGCUCAUUCGUCAGUGAUGGCGAUCGCAACGACGACGAAAUAUCAAGCAUUGAGAAAAACGAGAAAACAAACAUGAAAGAACAUGACAGCCUGAUUGAAACCCUGGAAUUAUUUCUACAAUAUCUCACUAAACACGACAGUUACAUGGAAAGUACCGUUGGAAACAAAUGGAAGCUCUUUGCCCUGUUCCUGGACAGGACAUUUAUGAUCACUCAUAUUAUAACAUUUAUUCUAACGACGGCGGCCCUAUUGAUUCUUUGUGCAUACUUUUAAAGUAUUUUGCCACUGUUUUAAUAAAUUACAUGUACAUAUAUACAAGCAUAUAUACAUACAAUCGUACAUGCAUAUCACACGCAUAUAUUUACCAAGACACUUGAUGUAUGAGAUCAAAGGACUUCGCAGAGUCAGUGAUAUCGUUGACCUAUACAUAUUAGCAGCACUACUUACCAGAUCCUUAUUUGUUUCAAGAGGACUUAACAGAGAUGACGGAUUAGUCUUCUCAAAAACGUGACACACAACAAAUUCAGGAAAUAAAAAAGGCAUCUCUUUUUUAACUGCAAAUACACAAAUACACUGCUACCACUAAGCCACACCCACAAGAUAAACCAAUAUAUAUAUAUAUGUAAAAGACUUGAAAGA